CCUGCUAUUACUGCGCUGACAAAUGUUGCUACUUGUACUGGUGACAGGUUACCCUAGCUACUCUGCUCCAUAUUUUCCCGUAAACUCCAAGGUUAACUCUGCGAUAAAACCGGGAAGGCUGGGCAGCUGCCUGUGUCCAAGAUUUCCCCAGGUGGCAGCAACCAGAAGACCGGAAUCUCCCUCUUUGAGCACAGGUGCACUCUGAGGAUUUACAAGUCCUUCACAGGGGGCCAGCUGGGUUUAUUCUGAAGCAUGCAAGAGAACAACACUGACCAGCCACCGUCACUGUCUCAGCUCUUAAGAGAGAGCUACCUGGCAGAGGCCAGAGCCCAGCAGCGCCACAGCGAGAUGAGCCGCUCAGACGCUUCUUCCUCACGCCUUCAGAUCUACGGGUCGCUUAAAAGCAAGGCUGAGGACUCUGUGGGCCACAAUGACCCCCAACUCCCAGACCUCUCAGCCUUCCUCAGCCAAGAGGAGCUGGAUAAGAGUGUGAACUUGGCCCGCCAGGCCAUCGGACAUGAGCCACGUGAGGAGAGGGCAGAGGUCAAGGCCUCUGUCACACCAUUAACCCCCUCCAACAUCUCCUCAGCCUCAGUUUCUUCCUCUGAACCCCCAUCUGUUCCCUUGGCUAACCCCGCUCCUGUUCUUUUUGCUGCCCCCUCCACUGUGCCCUUCACCCAGCCAGUCCCUGAAUUCAAAGAACUGCCAGCAACACACACAACAUUCACAUCAGACAGAAAGAUGCUCAAAGCAUCAACGCAGCAGGAAAACAUGAUCAGAAACAGCAGGGACUCCAGUGAAGGAUUCAACGACUUUAACAGGUCAGCGAGGAACGCUCCGUACGGUCCAGAGACCCAGUCCAAGAAGGAGUUCCUCAACAAAGCAGCGGACUUCAUUGAGGAGCUCUCCUCUCUCUUCAAGGCCAACAGCUCCAAACGGGUACGGCCGAGAGCGUGCAAAACCCACAGGAGUAGGAACCAGAACAAGAGCCAGAACGAUGGGACAGUUUAUCCCCUCAGCCUGGACAACAGGGAGCGUGCUGUCAUGCCUGUGGAGGUGGAGAAGGAGAGACCCAGCCCUGCUGUAAGCCACCAACCAGAGGUCCAGCUGGACUCAGGGAUUGGGCACGUGGAGUUUCAGGACAGCAGGAUUACUGUGGAGCAGCAGUAUGACUCUGUUUCCCAGGAGGUGGUGGAGGCUGAUAGCUGUGCAUUGACAGAAACUCCAUACCCAGCGGAGCCUGUGUGUGAGCCUCCUCAUUUUAUCCAGAAACUGAAAAGCAGGGAGGUUCCAGAGGGCAGCAAGGUCCAAUUAGACUGCAUUGUAAGAGGACUCCCCGUGCCUGAAGUCCGGUGGUUUUGUGAGGGCAAGGAGCUGGAGAACAGCCCUGACAUUCAGGUCAUCACUAACGGCGAGCUGCACUCUCUAAUCAUCGCAGAGGCGUUCGAGGAAGAUACUGGACGCUACUCUUGCUUCGCAUCUAAUUUCUAUGGCACUGACUCCACGUCAGCUGAGAUCUAUGUCGAAGGUGCCUCCUCUUCGGACUCUGAGGGAGAACAGCACUUUGAACAUGUAGCCCAGCUGCAGAGGAAAUCUUUACCUCCAUCAUCGAGCCAAACUCUCUCUGCAGAAGAGGAAGACUCUCUGUCAUCCCAACCUGCAGCAGCCACUGAGGAGCCAGCAGAGCAGCUCUCCUCUCCACCAACUAACCAAACAAUCCCUGAACCUCUUCUACCAGUCCAGAAAUCAGGCACCAUACUUCCAGUCCCAGAGCUCUCUAAAACAUCUGUAGCAUCCACAGCACACCCUGCUCAGGAGGAGACAACCAUGCUACCUGUGCAGGUGUUUCCUACUUUGUCACCUGGCGAUACAGAACUUCCAGAAGCCCAGGAGGUGUCAACAUCUGUCUCAGUCAUAUCCACACCACCGCCUGUGCAGACAGCUACAGCGAUAGCUACAUUAUUGCCUUUGAACUCGGUGGUGUCGUCUGUGCUGCCAGUCCUGUCAAAUCCAACACAAACACCCCGACCUAAGAGUCAAACCUCCAACCACAACUAUCUACAAGCGUUGAACGGACAACCUAUCAUGGCUGCCCCUGUAUUCACAAAGAGCCUGCAGGAUCUCCUUGCAUCAGAAGGCCAGCUGGUGGUGCUAGAGUGCCGCAUGAAAGGGGUGCCUUCACCCCGAGUGGACUGGUACAGAGAGGGAAAAAUCAUAGAGGACUCUCCUGAUUUCAGGAUCCUGCAGAAAAAGCCCAGAUCUCCGGCUGAAUCAGAGGAAAUAUGCACUCUGGUCAUUGCUGAGGUCUUUGCUGAAGAUUCGGGGAUGUUUACUUGUACAGCAAGCAACAAGUAUGGAACUGUGUCCAGCACUGCUGCACUAAGGGUCAAAGGCAAUGGCAGCAACAGCAACCACGUGAGGCCUUUCAGCAGUUUAACGGUGGAGCCCAGUCGAAUCCAAGAACCUUCCCCAUCAGCUCCUGCUGUAAACCCUCAACCAGAGGUUACUGUGACCAACAGCAUCAAGCCCCACUCCAGCACCAUUCGCCUAGACCCGCUCGUCUCAAGCACCUUACGCCUGGACCCCCUAAACACCAGCACCCUCCGUCUGGACCCCCACAGCUCCAGCAUGUUGCGUCCAGACCCCCUCCGCACUAGUCUACCCAGUCUGGAACCCUCCAGCCUGAGCAGCAGCUUCAGCCUCAGCUCUCGCAGCACGAGCACCCCAAACUUAGAUCCUUUCUACCUCCACCAGGACCCUCCUGGAUCCAGUAGAACACAUCUAGAACCACAGAACGGUGGACAAGUGCUCUCAUACCCAAAACCCUUCAUUUCCCCAUCUGCAUCUGAGACAUUAGCUGAGCAGGAAGUGUCCAGACUCUCAGUCACAUCACCAGACACGAGCCCCAGAGUUAAGGGGACCCCCCAGAAUGGAAGCCCCAUUGUGGUGCCCCUCCCCGAUCCCCCUCCUAACUCCUGCCUAAAGACAGGCGCCCUGACGAACCACAAGGACUCACGCUCCAGCUCCAGAGUCGGUCUGCGUGUGCACUUCAAACUACCUGAGGAUGAGGAGGAUGAACAAAGUGACACAUCCAGUCAGUCUGAUGAAGACACCACUCAGACGUCAGUGGGCAAAGAACCACCACCAGUGCUGGCUAAACCCAAACUGGACCCAGCGCAGCUCCAGCUUCUGCACCACCAGGUCCUCAUGGAGCAGCAGCAGGAGACUGAACCUCAGACCCAAACCCACACCCAGCCUCAGUCCCACCCCCCAUUCCAGAUCCAGAUCCAGUCCGAGGUCCAAAGCUCCCACAAAGGUCCGCUGUGGUCACCCAGAAUGCACCAUGAACCCCAUCCACCACCUAUCCCGCCCUACUUUAACACCACGACAGCCUCGCAGCAGACACCCCACUCUGCACCUCCAGUGACCACCGCCCCCCCGGCUCCCUCUCUGAGCGCUGCACCAGCUCUCAACACCACCUUUUCACCUCUUCUCAACACUUCUCCUGCUCCUCCUCUGAGCUCCCCUCCUUCAGUUCCUCAGCUAAAGACUUCCUCACUGGUGACCUCCCCUCCACCUGCCCCACAGCUGAAAACAGCUCCUCCUCUCAGUAUAGCUCCUGUAACCCAGAUGAACACCAUCCAUGCUUCCCACCUCAACCUGUCCCCCGCAGCUCUUCCCAGAACUGCACCCACACCCCAAAUUUCCUCUCCUCCUGCACCAAAGCUUAGUACAGCCCCUACAGAUUCACCCCUGGCCUUACAGCAGAUCGUAUCUCCUGCUCCUCUUCUGAGAAGCACCCAUGCCUCCCUCAUGAACCUCACCGCCACCUCCCACACCUUCAACUACGCACGGCCUAAAGAGUUCAUAGCUGCUCAGACCUUCUCACCAGUCAGGAGUCCUUCCCCAACAGAAUCACCAGUCCCUCUGCUCCACGAGCUGGCAGCUGAGCUCAACUCCUCUGCAGCCAGCUCCCCUACUCUCCCGCCAUUUUCCCCGCCACCCAGGAUCUUUCCCACGAGGGUGCUCAAGUCGCCCACCAGCCCUCCGUCCGUUGUGUCCUCACCCACGCCGGGGUCGGCGUCGUUCCUGAACAGCAUGUUCGCCAUACGAGCCCAAUCGCCUCCCCAGGCCUCUUCUCCCACCUCCAGCAGCUCCACCCCCAGCCCCAUUCAAAACCCUGUGGCGUUCCUAAGCUCCGUCCUGCCGUCCCUGACCCCGAGUCAGCCCACCAACUCAAUGGGCCUGCCCAAGGGAGCUCCUUUAGGGCUAAAAAAGAACGUACCAAAGAUGCGCCUCCCGUCAACUGAAGACAUUCGUGAAAGCAAAGAAAUUCUCCUCCAUGACAUUGAGAAAAAGCUUCGAUUCAAAGACGAUACUCCACAUUUUGCACAUCAACAGAAGCUGAGUAAUGAGGGGAAAACAGCGAGCAGACCCCUUGGACCAAACAUUCCUGCUACUGUCAUUAACUAUGAUGAGGAGUACAAAGUGUCCAGCUUUGAGCAGAGACUAAUGAGCGAGAUUGAAUUCCGCUUGGAGCGAACGCCAGUGGAGGAGUCGGAUGAUGAGGUGCAGCACGAUGACGUCCCCACAGGAAAAUGCAUCGCACCCAUAUUUGACAAGAAACUGAAGAACUUCCGAGCCAUGGAAGGCGUGCCUGUCACUUUCUCAUGUAAAGUAGUGGGAAUCCCUGUUCCAAAGGUUUACUGGUUCAAGGAUGGCAAGCAGAUCUUGAGGAAGAACAUCCAUUACAAGAAGAUAAGAGAGGGGGAUGGGACCUGUGCUUUACAUAUAGAGUCCACAACCAAUGAUGACGAUGGCAACUAUACCAUCAUGGCAGCUAAUCCACAGGGACGAAUCAGCUGCUCAGGACAUUUGAUAGUCCAAACAGGACCUCCCCGAAAUCGACUGACACCUAUUCACUCUCAGAGGGUGCGAGCCCGCAUACAGGAAGUUGAAGGUGAGCAAACCCAGGAGCGCUUUUUUCGGCCUCACUUCCUCCAGGCUCCGGGGGACAUGCUGGCUCACGAGGGAAGACUGUGUAGACUAGACUGUAAGGUGAGUGGCCUACCCAACCCAGAGCUGAUGUGGUUGGUCAACGGGAGGCCAAUCUAUCCAGACCUUUACCACAAGAUGUUGGUGAGGGAGAAUGGCAUCCAUUCUCUGGUCAUCGAUCCUCUGAAGCAGAAUGACGCUGGCACAUACACGUGCAUUGCAAGCAACAAAGCAGGGCAGAGCUCCUUUAGUCUAGAACUGAAAGUUGUGGAGAAAGCGAUGAAGCACCCUCCCCAGUUCUUGGAGAAGCUGCAGAACAUGGGUAUUCCUGACGGAACUCCAGUCAGGCUGGAGUGUCGGGUGGUGGGUAUGCCCCCUCCAGUCAUCUUCUGGAAGAAAGACAAUGACACCAUUCCUAAAACUAAGGACAGAAUCAGCAUAACCCAGGAUGCAACAGGAUAUGUGUGUCUCCUUAUCCAGCCAACAACAAAAGACGAUGCUGGCUGGUACACGGUGUCAGCAAAAAACGAGGCUGGAAUUGUAUCCUGCACCUGCAGGCUUGAUAUCUAUGCACAGUGGCAUCAGAGCAUCCCUGCACCCAUGAAGAAGGCUCCGCGCACAGGCAGCCGCUAUGCAGCUCUGACAGGCCAGGGGCUUGACAUCAAGUCAUCCUUCCCCACGUCGGAGACCAGCCCCAUCCUGUUCUCCAGCUCCCCUCCUGAGGCCCAUCUGGAGAGCGAGGAGCUGUGAGCGGCCUGCAAACACUCCAGCAAGGUGACCCUCAGAGGCCUCCCAGCAUGCUCUGUGACCUGCCUGAGGUCAAAACAGCAGCGGGCUAAAAGGAGAAUGAUGAUCUGAGCAGAUUGUCAUGUGAUUUGUGUGAUGCAUUUGAAGUGAUACAUUCAGAAUAGAAUGGCAAAGAAUUAUUGUGUUAAAGCUAUCAGCACUGAUAGUGAGUUUGUCACCAUUCCUAUUUACUCAAGUCAUAUGAAGAGUGUUUCACAUACAGAAAAAUUACAGAUUUGCAAAGUCUUAGCUCAUGAGCCAUCAGUGGAGUUGAAUACUGUUUUCUGACAGGUUUGAAUGACUCACGUUUGUUUUCUACAUCAUAUUUAGCUACGAUAGUGAGGUUGUUGCUGAAUAUUGGUGAUAACAUAUGUUCUUAAUUGUUAGUCCAAUUCUCAAAGUGGUACUAGCACCACUUAUUUUUAUUGCAAAUCAUAUAUACCUGUACUGGUAGUAAUAGUUUAUUUUAAAGUUUAUAUAAAAAGUAGCUAUUGUUUAUUAAUCAUCAAAAAUAGUUAUAGAGUAUAUUAAUAGACAUUUGAAUGUGCCAUUUAGAUAAGUUUAUUUAAAUGGCUCCAGCAAGGUGGGAUUCUUUCUACAUUUAGCUAAAUAAUUUCUGGACGUUCAUCACUGGUUCACAUUUUUGCACCAUGUUUUUUUCAUGUGCAUGCAUGCCAAUGGCUGACGAAGCAAUAUUGUAUAACUUAACAAACACGCUGUGUCUGCUCAUAGUCAUAAUAAUAAUAAUAUGCUGUUAGGUGAGUCUCAGUCAUGGUUAGUACACACUUUGUUUGAAUUUUGUUUUGCUUUCAGGUGAUUUAAUUCUUCUUUGUAAUGACAAAGAUUUGUUUCAGUUGUAUUAUAUCAGAUUUGAUUAUUUUAUCAGAUUAGACUAAAAACUAUCAGAAAAGUCUUUUUGUUUCUGUUUUGUGGUAAGACUGUUGGCUUUGCUUUAAAAUGACACCAACAAGUCAAAUGCAUCCUGUAGAGGUUAUUAUUAUUAUUAUUAUUAUUGAACUUUGAUUAAGAUAAAUUCAAGUCAGUUUGAAAACAUAUUGAAGAAAAGUUUGAAAGCACAUACUCAACUGAUGUAAAGUUGCACAUUGUAAAAUAUUUUUGUCCUUCUCGGAAUAAAGUUAUAUUUAUUCA